AUGUGGCUGCAGAACCUGCUUUUCCUGGGCACUGUGGUCUGCAGCAUCUCUGCACCCACCAGUUCACCCAGCUCUGUCACUCGGCCCUGGCAACACGUGGAUGCCAUCAAGGAGGCCCUGAGCCUUCUGAACAACAGUAGUGAAAUAACUGCUGUGAUGAAUGAAGCAGUAGAAGUCGUCUCUGAAAUGUUUGACCCUGAGGAGCCGAAAUGCCUGCAGACUCACCUAAAGCUGUACGAGCAGGGCCUACGGGGCAGCCUCAUUACCCUCAAGGAGCCUCUGAGAAUGAUGGCCAACCAUUACAAGCAGCACUGCCCCCUUACUCCGGAAACGCCCUGUGAAACCCAGACUAUCACCUUCAAAAAUUUCAAAGAGAAUCUGAAGGAUUUUCUGUUUAACAUCCCCUUUGACUGCUGGAAGCCAGUCUAG